AUCACCUUGUAUAUACUAACGUACUUCAAUGGAGAAAAAUGAGUCUACCGAUUUUUUACGAUAUCUACCGAAAAGUGUCGAGCUUAUCUACCGAAACUCGAUUUUCGGACCCGGAACGCUGUUCACCGCAAAAGGAAGGGAACGUUCAACCCAACCUUAUAUUUCAGUAGUAUAACUUUAGCGCCAUUAGUAGAUGCUUGUCUAUCUCGCUCAGUCUGUUUACGUUUUGCAAUACCCUGUUGUUCUGGCAGGGUUUAAUUCAUAAUAAGUGUAUUCUAACUAAAUACAUCUACAGUUUGCUCAUUUUUUACUAUGAAAGAUAUAACUCAUUAUUUUCCAAGCCCUAAUAAGGUUGGAAGUUCCCCGGAAAGUGCGAUAAGUCCCAACAGCCAGGGUGUUCCUUCUGGUUCAACUCCUAAGAUUAAGAAUGGUGCUAACAAGUCGGCCAGUCCUAGAAUCAAAACGAAAAGAAAGCGAAAACCCACCGAUCCGGAAGUUAGAAAGGUAAUGGAAUUGUUUUCAAACAAGUUUAAUUUUACCUCUCCAAAUACUACUCCAACUGAAGUCCCAACAGUUGAUGCAGAAACACAAAUAUUGCAGCAAGAAGUUGUCAAUGGAGAAAGUAGUAACUCGACGGUUGAUCACAAUACAUCGCCUCCUGUCCCUGAUGAUAACGAAUCGAAUAAUGUUGAAUGUGACGGAGUAGCACCAAGCACACCAAUAGUGAAUGCCUUCCAGUUUUUAAUGGAAAGUAGAAAUAAUAUAAUUGGCAGUAAUUCAUGUGCUAGUAGCAAAUCCGAGUCGGAAAGCACGUGUGUAAUCGAUAAGUUCAAAUUGAAAGCUAGAAGGAGAUUGCUUGAAGAAUGGGCUGAUAAAAAUGGAGCUUCCAAACGGAAAAGGGACGAACAGGAAAUUGACUCCUGUAUUAGUUUAAAACUGGAAAAAAGAGCGAAAAGACUUAGAAACAUGCUUCGAGCUGAUGAACUGAAAGUGCAGGAGAGCAACAAGUCUGAUAAAUCAAGAAUCAAUUCAAGCCUUUGUGGAUCCGACUCAGAAUGCAGCAACGACUUAACAUUGCGAGAGUACGGUAGUAAAUCAUUAGUUAAUGCUACCCAGCUAAGUGACAGUAAGUCAUCUAAUUCCUCAACAUCAAAUAGUCCUUCUCAUAAAAGGCUCAAGGUGAAUGGGCAAAACAACUUACUAAAUUUCUUUGAGGCCCUUAGCAAGGAGAAUUCAAGCAGUGAAUUGAACGAUUUUGAUGAAUCGCCUAACAGUGAUGCACAACAAGUUAUUAAAAUGAAAAUGUUCACUCCUUCAUCGUCAUCACCAAAAAACGGCAGAACCUCUAUGUCUACGAGUGGUUCAAGUCCAGAUGAAGUUAAAAGUAAGCCUCCGAGGAAGAAACAUAUUAGUGGGUCUUCGCAGAGAUCCAAAAGGUCUUGUAAAACUAGAAAGGGUAUUGUGAAAUCGAAUAAAGGGAGUCCCAAAUUAAGGAAAAAUUCCACGAAAAAAAGCAGUAUUUCGGUCCAGCAUAAUACCACGUGUGCUAAAAUCCUCACAAAUAAUCAGCCGCAAUUAGAGUCUAUUAACGUAGAAGAAACAGCAGUUGUUGAAGCUGGAGGGUCUAGAGACUUAGUCGUAAGUCCAAUUCUAGAAAGGAGAUCACUUAGAAUGCGGAGAAAAGUGGAUUACAAAGAGACCAAAAUUGAGCUACCCACUAGUGUUAAUAAAUCCAAGAAACAAUCAUAUAAAAAAUUAAGAAAUAUAAAAGCAGAUAAUAUAAUUGGAAAUAUUGAGCUCUUAUCAGAAAGUGACAAUAAAGAAGAAAAUAAGAAGGUGAAUACAUCAAUUAAGUUGGCACCAGUAUUUUUAAAAUCCACACCAAAACCCAAACUAGAUCUUGAAACAAUUCAGGCCAGAAAGCAGUUUUUGUUAAGCGGCAUCCCAGAUUCAUUGAAGAAGACUGUUGAGAAACAGAAAAGUGUAGAAGAGAAAGUCCAUAAUAUAUUUCCUGUAAUUAGUCACGUACAGCAGAAAUGCGAAAGCAGGUUUUGGAAUCUUCCUUUUUGUGACAUUCCACAACUGGCUAAUGAUCCGCUGCAAAUAGAUAAAGAGAACCUGAAGUGCUCAGGUUUAAUAAUAAAAGAGUUGCCAUAUGAAAUACAAUUAACUACUGCUGUAGAUAAAAUCGCGAAUGUAAAAAGUGUUAUCCAAAAAAUGAAGGCCGACAAUCCCGAUUAUCCAGUAUUUAAAGUAUUCCGACAGUUAUAUGAGCGGAGUGGAAAGCACUUUCUGGAAGAAAAAAAAAAGCCGCGCAAGCAAUCACAGAAAUCUAAAAGGAAAAGCCAGGACUUUGCAUGUGAGGAAGAUGCAUCAAAGAAACACGAAUUAUGGAUUGAUAAAUACAAGCCAAGGAUGUCUGACGAAAUUCUCGCCAAUCAUCAUGGAGUUGUGCAGUUAAGAAAGUGGCUGGAAAUAUGGAAGAACUAUAGUCAGGAAAUUAAUUCUAAGAAACGCAGAAGAGCUUUCAAUAGUGACUCAGAAUUCGAAUCAAUAGACUGUGAUAGCAGGGAUAGUACUUAUUUGCCUGGAAAUACGGUGAUUCUUCAUGGACCUUGUGGCUCUGGAAAAACAAGCGCUGUCUAUGCAGUGGCAAAUGAGUUCAACUUCAACGUCUUAGAGCUGAAUGCAUCAACAAGAAGGACAGGUAAAAUACUUCUACAAGAAUUAAAAGAAGCGACUCGUUCGCAUCAAGUAAGACACGAAUCAUCGGUUAUGGAGUCCACCAAUCAGCAAAAAAGUAAAAAAUUAAAAAAAAAAAAAUGUCAGACUAAAGAGGCGGAGACAGGAAAUCACCAGAAAAUGUGCAUUCUGUUAUUAGAAGAUAUCGAUUUGCUGUUUGACCAAGACGAAGGUUUUCUCUCAUCACUUUCCCAUUUGAUAAUGACAAGUAAAAGGCCUAUAAUUCUGACUACAACCGACAAAUCGCCACCUCAUGUACAAAAGCUUAUGAACCAGUAUGAAUGUAUAUCCUUUACGCCGUUGUCUCCACGAUGCUUGGCUGUUUGGUUGCAAAUCCUGUGUUUGAUAGAAGGAUUACUAACAGACCGAGAUGAAUUAGGAAACUUACUUCAAUACAAUAUAGGAGACAUACGAAAAACCUUAUUACAGCUGCAGUUUUGGGCCCAAAGCGGUGGGCAGUUGGAACGAAACAAGGAAUAUCCACUAAAGGCAGGAGGUUCUUGCAAAACCGUUAUGAAAAUUCGCGAUGAAGACUGUAGUGUUGGACAGACUGAUAUACCUGAAGAUUUAUAUGAGCAGAAACAAUUUAUUCAUCGCCACAGCUUGGGAAGCUUUGAAAUAUUUCGAGUAAAUAAGGAAUACCUUAUUCCACAAAAUAUAGACUUGGGCAAUAUCUGGUGGAACAUUCCCAAUAUUUUGGACGUCCCUAGUUGCAGUUCAAGGAUUACAGAAAAGCGUGCCAUUGGAAUUGAGCGUGCUGAUCCAGAUUCGAGAGACAAUCAGAAAAUGAAAUCCCUAUCAGGUCUAUACGACUAUCUGAGCUUGUCUGACUCGUUGCUCACCACAGUCAACAGUCACGUUUCCAAUGAACCAUUUGUUAAUAGAUCUGUCGAAGUUUUGAACUCCUUAGAGUUAACUGAGCGGAAAGAAGAUGGCAAUGCAGUGUUUGCCGAAUUAUUUCAGGAUAUGUGUCACACCCUAGUCAAUGAAAGCAUCGAAAAUUAUAUGCAAAUCUACAUGACACGCCCCACAUUAGACAUGGGAAUGCCUGAUACAAAUGAAAGAAGAUGGCGUGCUAAUCUACACCUUUGUGAAGACUUUCUCAAACAACCAAUUCCAUUAUCAAAUGUCUUAAAUAGGAAAUCGACUGCUUUAGAUUAUUUGCCCUCACUUCGACACAUUGCACGAUCUGAAAAAACGAGAGCAGCAACGAAUACUAAGAGAGGCAAUCGUUUCAGGCAUUACUUUAAAGGACUGAACAUGCAAUUUAAAGCGAGCACUUGUGAAUUAGCUUGCAAUUGUUUGAAUAUGGAGUAAUACUCAAUGCUGCUUAACGACGACUAUUUUUAUACAGUGUAUUUAGCAUGUAUUUAUGGAGCUGUGUUGCAUCUUUUUGUGGGUGAUAGAUAGUUUAUAAUUUAUACCGUGAUUUUUUUAAAUUAUAGAAAAGAAAGCCAAAGUGCCUUGUGUACUUCAUGUAAGACUCAUCUUAGCCAUGUUGUCGAGACUUUAUAGGACAUCUUCAAAUAAACCCAACUUUUUAUAGUUAAAUACUUUAACUUUUUAGUAAUUUCAAAUAUUUCAAUAAGAAUUGAAUAAAAACGAUCAUAUAUAGAUUUUCAAUUGCUGUUAUAUGUUGCCUACAUUUCUUUCUUACGUAGUUGGUGCCAUCGUUGGCUAGAUGUAAAUACAUAACGCAAUUAAUUAUAUUUAGUUAUUGGAUAUAAAAUUA